AUAACAAUCAGGUUUAUUCUAAAAUUAGUUGCAUAGCAGUGCAGUCAACUAAUAGCGGUCUAUAUUUGGGAAAUGGUGAAGGAAGAAGAGGCGGGAAAAGGAACGCAUCAUUUUUAAAAUCAUCAGGUUUUAUUGCUAUUUUAUCGUCUUUAA